AUGGCUCGUUGGAGGUGGAAGCCUCGGGUGGAGACGCGGCACCCGCUGGGUUCUGCAAGGGGAAGGGCCGGGGUCCCGAGUGGCACCGUCCCUCGGAAGAACAAAGUUAGCGGGAGCGGAGGGGCCGGGGGCUCCCGCGCAGCCCCCGUGUGCGUCCCGCGGGCUGGGACCCCGCUUGGGGACUCGAGCCUGUGCGCCCCGGGCGAGAGCGGCUCGCAGACUCGCCGGGACCCCACGGGCGGCCCUCACCCCACACCCCUCGGCGCCUCUCCCGGUUCCGGAGCCGGACGCAGCCCCUCCCCCCGCGGCUCUCACCAGGCCCGGCCUGGGCCGCGGGGCGGGAUCGGUCUCCGGGGGCGCACGGGUACGAGGAGGGCGCGGGCGCGAGCUGCUGCCGCUGCCAGUGGUCCCCGAGCCACCGCCGCCGCCACCGCCUUAUCGCUGCACCGCCCCCGCCGGCCCCCGCCCCGCGCCCGCCCAUUGGCUCCGCCGCGCCCGGAGCCGCCUCCGGGGCCCCGGCGCCGCCGCCGACCCCCCUCCGCGCUUUGUCUUCCCCUCGCCGCCGUCCCCGCCUUUGUCUGUCCCCCGCCCCGGCUCCGCAGCGCCCCGCGGGCCUCGCGCUCGCAGGCCUCGGGUACCGGCCGCGCCGUCUGCCCAUCCCGACGGCGGCCCGGCGUGGGGAAGCAACGGUGGCAGGGACAGGAUGGAAGGGCCGCGCUCCGCAUCCUACUGGGAGGGGACGGGUUCAGGCUGCGGCGGCUGCGGCGGCUGCGGUCGCGGGACACUGGGCGCUCCCGGCCUGGCUCCGGGAUAACCGGGCGGGGCCUGGGCCAUUCACUGCCUCGGUUUCCCCCGGGUGGCCUCGCGCGUAGGCGCCGGCGCCCCCAUCCCCGCCCAGAGCUGUGGGGCCUCAGAGACCCAGCCGGGGCGACCCCGGAGCCUGGCCCAGGGUCCCUCGGGCGGCCGAGUCCUCCCGCCGCCAGGGGCCGCCCCGCCCCUUUGCGGCCCACGAGGCUGGCGGCGGCGUCUGGGCACGCCGUCUCCAGGCCCGGCCGCGAGGCUGCGGGGAGGAGCCUGCACGAGGGCCCCGCGGCCCCACCAGCCCUCGGCGCCUCUGCAACCCUGCGACGGGCUGGGGAGGCCGGUAUGCGUGGUUCCCGGAGCACCCGUCCCCCGAGGCUCCACGUACUCAAGCGUUUCUGGGGCGGAAUUCUGUGGGCAGCAACGGGGGCCCCCUCUCCAACAAGCGCACCUCAUUUCUCACGUGGGAGCCGCGGCCCAGAGAGCUUGGGCCGCAGAGCUGCUCCCUCCCUGCAGCCGCACAGCAGGCCGGAGGCACAGCAGGCGAGAGACGGCCACUCGCUUUGGAGCGGCGGCGAGGCCGGCGCCUUCCCGGGCACCAGGGACUGCGUGGCUUGGCUUGAAAUCAGGCUAGAAGCAGCUCCGGGAAGCACAGCCCUGAGCCCAGCGCCUUCCCACACUGUGGCAGGAAUAGCACUGGCGGCCCACGCGCUUGUCAGGGAACAGAACAGCUCCCGCCCGACGCCUGGCAGGGGAGCAGGGAGGCUGCAGCUUCCCCAGCGCCCAGCUGUUUCCCAGGCUGGCGGACUCCACGGACCGGCUCCGCGUCUCCUCUCCAGCCUUCUGUUCUCUCUAGAGGAAGAUCUGCGUUUUGUCUGCACUGUGGGCCGACUCUCUAGUGGGGAGCGUCAGACCCUCUAA